AGUUUUGGCGUGGUAGAAGUGUUUAAAAUGUUUGGAAAACUCCAAGAAAAUGCUGGAAUCAUUUGUCAAGGAGUAAUGAAAUUUUGCUGAGAAGCAAGCGAGCGGAUAAGAUAUGCAAUUCGGUUCGAAACCAUUAGCUGAGCAUGUCGUCGUCUCCUACCACUGGCAGUGACGUUCGCUUCUUCCCUUAGAGCCUUACUCUGCUCACCAACUAUGAUGUCUCUGCGUACUUACGGAUCUCUAAUUCCGGGAGUCCCAGUUUCUCCAUCUCCGACGAGAAUCCCUCCUACUCUCAAUAGUUCGCGGCGGCUAAUCUUCAAUUGCUACUCCAACAACCACCAAGUUUCGCGCCAAAUAGUCGCUGAGGAACUGUCGAUUUCAAUGUACAAUCGGUGGAUUCGCUAUUGCUGCAAAAAAAGAGGAGGAAUCGAAGAAGCGAUGUCUCUCCUCGCCGAAUUGGAUUCUCUCGGCUCCCAUCCCGAACCUCUUUCCUACGUUACUCUGAUCGAAACUCUCUCUGAUCUCGGGAGGACGCUCGAAGCCGAUGCUCUUUUCCAAGAAGCGAUCCGAUUCGGUCUCCACGGAAGCUAUCCCCUGAGGCUUUACAACGCAUUGCUCGGCGGCUACUUGAGAAAAGGCCAGCUAGAGUUUGCUCUUAGGGUUUUGGAUCGUAUGGAACUUGAAAACGUUGACAAGAAUCAAGAAACGUGUGAGAUUCUCUUGAACUAUUACGUUACCGCUGGGAGGUUGGAGGAAUCUUGGCGUGUGGUUAAUGAGAUGAAGCGAAGGAAGUUUCCUCUGACUUCUUUUGUCUAUGGGAGGAUCAUACGUAUUUACAGAGACAAUGGUAUGUGGAAGAAAGCGUUAGGGAUUGUUGAAGAGAUUAGCGAGAUCGGUUUGCCGAUGGAUGUGGUGUUGUACAACAGCAUCAUCGAUACCUUUGGUAAGUACGGAGAGUUAGAUGAAGCGUUACAGGUGUUGCGGAAAAUGCAGGGGUCUAAUGAUUUGAAGCCGGAUAUUAGUACAUGGAGCUCGCUGAUACGGUGGCAUUGUCAUCACGGUGCUGUCGAUAAAGCGCUUGAGCUGUUCACGAUGAUGCAGGAUCAGGGGCUUUAUCCUGACCCUAGGAUGUUUGUGAAACUUAUAACGCUGUUGGGUGAGAAAGGGAGCUGGGACAUGAUUAGUAAAAGUUUUGAGUCCAUCAAAUGUAAAGAAGAGAGAAGAGAUACGAGAGCUAUGUAUGCAGCUUUAGUUGAGAUUGUUGGACAGUUUGGGAGUUUCCAGGACCCGGAGGAACUUGUGGGUAAACUCAAGUCGGAAGGUGUCGCUCCUUCAGUUAAUAUGUUUUGUACUUUGGCUAAUGCAUAUGCUCAACAGGGAUUAUGCAACCAGACAGUAAAAGUGCUAAAGAUGAUGGAGAAGGAGGGGACCGAACCAAAUUUGAUUAUGCUGAAUGUUUUGAUCAAUGCGUUUGGAAAUGCUGGGAAGCACAUGGAAGCUCUAUCUAUUUAUCACCAUAUUAAAGAAAGUGGAUUCACCCCCGAUGUGGUUACCUAUAGUACACUUAUGAAAGCAUUCACUCGAGCAAAGAAGUAUGAAAAGGUUCCAGAAAUAUUCAGGGAAAUGGAAGCCUCUGGGUGUAGUGCAGAUAGGAAAGCAAGACAACUAUUGCAAAAUGCUCUUAUGGUUCUCGACAAAAGACAUUAACUAUUUGGUGCCUCAGCCUCUGAUCCGUUAUGGAAAAUAAAGGGCUCCUUCGACCCUCACCGUGAAAAAAGGUAAGGGCAUUUUUCUUUUACUGUUGAUGGACUAGUAGAUGAUCACUGAACCAAUGUAUUUCCAAGUAUGAAUUGGCUGUCUGUGUGCAUCUAGCAACUUUUGAGGUUUGGAUGAAAAUUCAGUCAGAAUCUGUAGCGCUAUUGCCAACAAUAUGGUCAAAACAGCUGCAUGGAUACCUUCGCAUUUGGGAAUACAAUUGAAGUUUCAUAUCCGGUUUGCUCUGGUGAUUGUUAGGAACCGGUUAAACAAUUGUAUUCAGAUGUAUAUAAACUUUGAACAGAUCGUGUAUGUAAUUCUUUUUUUUUUCCUAAUGCCCUUGCACACUUAAGAGUUGAUAACGAAACUGAAACACUUCUAAACUCGAAUGAGUUCUACCUAA